AUGUCUUCCUCCAAGCCUCUCCACACUUACCACCGUCGCUCCAAAUCAAAAUCCCCUGACAGGGUGGAUUUCAAUCCGUCAAUUCCUAGGGUUCCUCGAACCCGUUCUUCUUCCUCUGUCCCUGUUGAAGAUUCCUCUUCUUUUGUGUCCUCUGAGGCUGCCUCCUUCUUUGAUAAGGUUAUCUCAAAGAGGAAAUUCAUUCCUGAGAGGACUUAUCAAUUUGAUGCUGUUCCUUUGGCGGCUCAGGAGUCUGCAAAUCAGAUUUUGGAGCACUACCACCUUCAAGCCCUAAAUUCUCUCUCUGGUAAGUUUAACAUCCCUGUUGUUCAAGAGUUUUACUCUAACUUUCCUGCUGACCCUAAGGGGUCAAAAUAUCAGAUUUUGGUUAGGUCAGUACCCAUUACUCUGAAACCAUCUGUUAUCAAUCGGGUCUUAGGCUUUCGAUCAUGCCCUGGUUUUGAUUUUGCAAAAUUUACUCUUGCUUCUGCUGAAUACUCUGUUGAUCUUUUUAAAUCCAUGGCAUACACUGAUCAAUCUUUGCCUUUGACUUCUAAAGGUCUGCCUAUCAACGCCUUUGUGAGAAAAAUGGGGUGGCAUUUCUUGAUUCCGAUCAGUGGCACCCCCCCCAUUGCUCCUUAUGGCAAGGCCUCUGCUGCCCUUAGCCAGAGAGUUUCCAGGACCUUUCUCACUUCUGUGUCGUCUUCCUCUGAGAAUGCCUCUCUCAGAGCUCAGUUGGCUGCCAAGGAGGAGUAUAUCCAACAUCUUUUGACCCUUAUUCCAUCCACUUCGGUUCCGGCACCUCCUGCUGCUGCUGCUGCUGCAGAUCCUCAGUCUGCUCCUGCCACUGAUGAGGACUCGGAUGACUCUGUGGAUUCUGGUGGCUCUUUGAUCUUUUAG